AUGGCUGGGGUUCAAUGUUUACGUUUGCUAGGUUGCCGUAAAUUUUCCUAUGCAUUUAUCAGCAGCCUAUUAAAAUAUAAAGGGAAAUUUUAUAUUAAUUCGAGAACGAUUCACGAUCAUAUUCUAAAAGGCAAAGUUGUUAAAAUUGGGUGCGCUAGUGGAUUUUGGGGUGAUACAGCUUGCGCUGCACCACAACUUAUUUAUGGAGCCAAGUUAAACUACAUAGUGUUUGACUAUUUGUCUGAAAUUACUAUGUCAUUGCUGACUGCAGGCAGAAGAAAGUCACCAGAAAUGGGCUAUGCUCCAGACUUUGUCCAAGUCAGUGUUGCACCCUUUAUAAAAGAUAUCAAGAAGAGAGGAGUUAAGUUGAUAAGUAAUGCUGGAGGCAUCAACCCUUCAGGAUGUGCAGAAGCCUUGCGCAAGAUUUGUGCUGCUGAAGAUGUUAAGCUUAAGAUUGCUGUUGUCAAGGGAGAUGAUCUGAUGCCACAGGUAAAAGAACUGCAAAGGUUAGGAAUCAACGAAAUGUCUUCAGGUGAAUCAUUUCCAGAACAGCUUCAUAGUAUGAAUGCUUAUUUGGGGGCUGGUCCUAUAGCACAGGCUUUGUCAAUGGGCGCAGAUAUUGUGAUAACAGGAAGGUGUGCUGAUAGUGCUCUGGUGUUGGCACCACUCAUACAUGAAUUUGGCUGGACCAUGGAUCAGUUUGACUUGCUGGCUGCUGGCAGCCUGGCAGGGCACCUGAUAGAAUGUGGAGCUCAGGUCACUGGGGGCAUCUUUACUGACUGGCAUUUAGUGGAGGAAUGGGACCAUAUUGGCUUUCCUGUGGUAGCCGUUGGGUCAGAUGGCAACUUUACAGUCAGCAAACCACAGAAGACAGGGGGGCUGGUGAACAGAGGGACAGUGAGUGAGCAGCUCCUGUACGAGAUAGGUGACCCAGCUCAGUAUUUCCUGCCUGAUGUGGUCUGUGACUUCACCCAGGUUGAGAUUGAUGAGCUGCCCAACAACAUGGUCUAUGUGAACGGGGCCAGGGGAAACCCUCCAUCUGGCGAAUACAAGGUUAGUGCCACAUAUGCUGCAGGCUACAGAUCAACAGCGGCUUGUGUUGUUGGGGGCCCUAGGGCCACUGAAAAAGCUGAGAAAACUGCCAAAUCUGUACUCACUAGAUGUCGACGAAUAUUUCAUCAGUUAAAUAUGGAUGACUUUACAGCUGUGCAUACUGAGGUCAUAGGUCGAGAUCGUAGAUCUGAGGGUGAAAGAAGUUUUACGUCAAGUACUCUGGGUCCCAAGGAUGUUCUGCUUUGGCUAGCUGUGACUCACAAGGACAAAAAAGCUCUGGAAUUUUUUACUAGAGAAAUAGCCCCUGCUGGAACUGGCAUGGCCCCUGGGUUAUGUGGGAUCAUUGGAGGUCGACCAAAAAUAUCUCCAGUGCUUAAAUUAUUUUCAUUUCUUCAUCCUCGCAAUAAUUUUAAGAUAACCAUUGAAAUGGAUGGUGAGGUGGUCAACUACAACCAGCCCAGUGUCCCCACUGCUGAGUACUUAACCCAAGCAUACCCUGCCAGUGACAGAAACGGCAAUGGUGAAAACAAAGUAUGUAAUGACGUGGAGCUUCCUACUGGAAGUUUUGAGUUCAGGCUGGAGGAUCUAGCAUUUACUCGUUCUGGUGAUAAAGGAAACGACUGCAACAUUGGUGUGAUAGCCAGACAUCCCGUGUAUCUGCCAUUUAUCAGAGCACAGUUAACAGCUGAGGCUGUUGAAUCAUUUUUCACCCACUAUUUUAAAAGCAGCACUUCAGCAGUACCAGUCAAGGACAAAGUUUUAAGGUUUGAUGUGCCUGGUGUUGGUGGCUUAAACUUCAUAUUAAAGGGCUCUCUUGGUGGGGGUGGAAUAGCAUCACUACGCAGUGACCCACAGGGAAAAGCCAUGGGUCAAGAACUGUUGGAUUUUAGAAUUAAAAAUGUUCCUGAUUUGAAAAAACUGGCCCAGGAGGCAAUAACCCAGAGUAGCUAGAAGUCACAGUGGUUACAAAGCUACUGAAGGUUGGUGUUUGCAUACUCCUCCUUGGAAUUCAGAUGCCGGUACAUUGGAUUCAUAUAUAAUAAUAAUGUAUAAUUUUUCAUUGCCAUCAAAAUUUGAAAUACUUUUUAAAUAGCUAUUUGGAAUUCAUUUCCCUUGGCAACAAUCAUGCAGAAACAGUUAUUUAAUUAGCACGUCAAAAGAAAGACAAUGUAUAACUGUUUUAAAGGUUGUUAAUUGUAUAUUAAAAUUAUUAUUGAGUAUUACCAAUCAGCAGUAUAAAAAUUAUACAAUUUAUAAUUUCUUAUUAAUUUAUUUUAUGUACAGUUAUUUAGUUAUAUGUAUAAAAUAUGACUACAACAGAAAGCUUACUUCGCUCAAAACUAGAAACAAAAUAAAACAGCUGCAUGAGGUUUUUUGACACUGGAUACAAACACACAAAUUCACUUACCUUUUCAGUAUUUUGACAUGUUCUUUCAGGUACUUUUUUAACAUAUCAUCAGGAGAUAUGUGGUUAAUAAAAUAUUUUUUAAUGCACUCAGGUCAAUUAAUGAUUUAGCAUGUGUGUAGACAUUUGAAGAGAUGUGUGAAAUUCUUUAUUGUUAACAUUUUCAAAUGAUUUAUGUGUUUUUACUAUAAUUCUGUGUUGUUUUUGGCCAUUGAUAGAAUGAUAUUUGUAUCUAUUGUAAACUAUUGUUAGUAUUUACUUCCACAUGCUUAGGUUUUAAAAUUAAAAACAAUUUUUUUUUCUAAAAAAAUGCAAACACUUUUUAGCAAUGAACUUAAUUGUUUCAAAUCAAAAAGAAAUUUUAACUAAUUUUGUCUAUGUAUACAAAGACCCCCCAUGUUCAUUGCAUUAUCUACAUGUUUUUAGAAAAUUGUAUACUUUUUCUCUAAGUUAAAUUAGUUUAUACUUAAGUGUGAACUGAUAUAAUUUGUGCGUCAGACGUAUGGGUCUUUGAGUUACGGUUUAAUACUUACCCUUUUUUACUUUUUAUGCUUUAAUGUUUGAAUUGGCUGUACUACAAAAAAAAGAUUAUUUUUUGUAGGUAGUCUAUGCAACUUCACCUCCACAACAAAUAAACAAAUAUUACCAACACAAGUUAUUGUAGGUGAUUAAAUAGCAAAGAAUGAAAAUAAUAAACAUCACAUCAGGAGCAACAGACAUGACACCAUUGCACACAGUGGGUGUAGCAGCAUGUCUUUGGUCAGACUUUUUUUUAAGUUGAAGCCAAAUUUUAGAAAAAUAUUUAGUUAAUUUACUAUUCCAUUUUCAUCCAUUCCAAUUUCUUGUAACACCACUGCUUUUCAGUUUUAUGUGAAUCAAUUUUUUAAACUAUUUUACAUUUUUUAAUAUAUGCUUUCUAUUUGAAAAAAUAUCAGCACACCCACCAUUUGAAACUUUUUGUUAUAUUUAGGUAGAAACAUUUUCUGGUCUUUUUUAAAAAGUAUGAAUUGUAUUGUUCUAUUUGUUAGGAAACCCUCUAUUAUAUGCUGAUAUAAAACUUUCGCUUAUAACUUUCAAAGAGUUUUAAAAGCUUAAUUAAAUUAUGAUGUUAUGGCUAAUGUGCAAUGAAUAAAGUAAAUUUUAAAAAGACA